AUGUCGACCUCCUCAGCAGACUACCCGCACCGCAUAACAAUCACCAUCUGCGGCGACGGUGGCUGCGGUAAAUCCUCCAUAACUCUCCGCCUCGUCCGAUCACAAUGGACGCACGAAUACGACCCCACAAUCGAAGACUCCUACACGCUGACGCGCAAAGUUGACGGCCAGACCUAUCACCUCUCUCUAACCGACACCGCCGGCCAAGAAGAAUACCGCGGAAUGUGGGCAUCCUCGAACUUACGCUCCGACGCCUUCCUCCUCGUCUACGACAUCACGAAUAUGAACUCACUCGGCGUAUUGCAGGAGUUCAACGAUCUGAUUGAUAUUGAGGCUGAGACGAGGAUAGAUGCUUGGGAACGAGAUCGAUAUCAGUCUUCGUCCAAAAAGAAGAAGGGUAGCGCUCAGGAUAUGAGUGGUGGACCUGUCAAGCCGAUUAAGAUCGUUGCGGGCAAUAAAUGCGAUUUGCAGGAAUCUAGACAGGUUCCUGCGCAAGUUGGGCUGGAAUGGGCGCGCAAGCAUGGAUGUGGAUUCAUGGAGACGAGCGCGAGGAAUACGGUGAAUAUCGAGGAGACUUUCGCGCUUAUCAUCAGGAGAGUGGUUGAGGCGAGGAGGUUGGCGCAGGGCAGUGGUGGGUUGACGGUUGAUGUUGCACCGAGGAGGGAGGAGAGUUUGGGAAGCAAUGCUGCGCUGGGAACGAGGAGGGCGGUUACGGCACCGCUAAGUCCGUUACCUGGUGGUCCGGAGAAGGUGUUGAGUCUGGAGGCGAAUGAGAAGAGUGGUGCUUCGCGAUGGAAGGGCUUUUGGAGGAAGUUUGCCUGUUGGAAGAGGUGA